AAAAAAACCAAAAAGAAUCUCCAAACUUUUGCAAAAACACAUUCCUUUUAAACAAAUUAGUCACCGGUUCCUUUUCGGAUUUCUUCAUUCUCCGAACUUCUCCAGCUUUUGACUCCACCGCCCGGCGGUGACGGGAUCUGACGGGAACAUCAAGAAAGGUCCCGCCGUGGCUGUCGGCAGCGUGUCCGGCGAAGGGACCGGAGGUUCAAGCGCGCUCGAUGUAGAUUGGACGAAGCAUUCUCGAUCAAUUGGAAUCCGGAUAUGUUCCAGUUGGUGCACACAUCACACAUUCUGGUGCAACGUAUCAUGGUUCUUCAUGAAUUAACCUCCCAAAGGUGGAGAAACCCAGGAUCACGACAAAUCCCAGAUCUUCACAGAGAAGCCACUUGAUCGCUGCUUUGGCUCAAAGUGUAUACAAACCUCCACUGAGACUACCAUGAUCACACCCCGAUUACUACCAAGCGCCAUGAUCCACAGGAUUUUUAAGUCAAAGCGCCUGCAAGCUCGCCACCCAAGGAUCUUCAGCUACCCACGCUUCGAGUCUUUGAGAGGGGACAUUCGAUUGGAAGGCCAGCGCCUGGGGAGUCAUGCUGGCCGGGUCCUAUCCAUGGAUUUUGCCCCCGGCGCAGAAUUCCUUCUAACUGGCGGCCAAGAUGGAUGCUUGCAGCUUUGGAACCCGAACUCCUUGGCGCAUUUGGCCAGCUAUGGCAGCGAUCUGCAGCCUGUUUGGUGCUGUGAGUGGCACCCGGAAGGGCACUACUUUGUGUCUGGGUCGGAACGGGAGGCGCUUCUUUGGAGUGCCGAGAAAACGGAGCCUUUAAGGAUCUUCAAAGCCAAGGAGGUGCAAGCCAUGAGGCUUCACCCAGAUGGUCGACGUGUGGGCGUGGCGGAUCGCGAGAGUCUGGUCUUUUGGGAUCUUUCCUCUGCCUAUCCAGCCUUGGUCUUGGAUCACUCCCGGUCACCAAUGGCCACUGCCCUGGCCGCCUCACAGGAUGGCUUGCACUGGGCCUGUGGCUUCUCAGAUGGCUCGCUGGCCCUCUACGACUUCCGCGGUGGCUCGCGCCGCGUCGCCUCCGCGAAGAACCCGGCGACGCGGCGGGGGGCACACGGUGCAGCGAUCAGCUCUGCUGCGUGGGCGAAAGGCGAAAGCGGCCAGGACUUGCUGUUCUCCAGCUCUGGAAGCAAUCUUCAAGUGCGUGAGUUUGCCACGAAGCAGGGAGAAUGGAACGCCUGUGGAGAAGUGCGGCACAUCAAGCUGGGCUUGAACCACGUCUUGUCUAGUCUGGUCAGACCAGGAUGCCUCAUGCUGCUGGGAAGAGCCUAGGUGUCUCGCACCGGGCUCUGGACACGGACACACCGAUCGAUCGAUUCAGUUCACCGGUGUCACGAGUGCCCUCGUGCCGUGCGGAGGUUCGGAUAGAAGCCGAGGGUCCUGAGGUUCCGAGCAAUGAACGUGAUUCCCAUCUGCUGAUCUGCUGACCGUGUGUGAACAGGCAUGGGUCCCAAUGAUAUGAUCAAGCUGCAGCUGCAUAGGCGGAACUCAGUGUUGACAGCAAAGGUGCAGCACGCAGCCAGUUGAAUCUCCUCGCGGCCUCCUUGCUGAGAAAGGAUCGUAUGUGGAUUCAUGUGGACAUUUUUGCUGACCAUAUGUCUGAAUGGACAAGCCAAUGGGAUUCGGCCCCCCAUUCUGCCACUGUUGAGCAAAACUUGGGCGACAUGAACCGUGUCGCCCCGAGCAUGCCGAGUGAAGUGGCGGUCCGACGGCUGGACCACGUCAGGGCACUUCGAGUCGCGCGGCACCCGGUCAGGUCGCGAAGCCGUGGGCGACCGUGGCGCUCUUGGUGUGGAACUGCGGUGUACAGCCUGGCAUUGGCCAUUCAGGAAGAAAGUCAGCACUUCAAAGACUUUGGAGACCCGCACAGACUCUGCACAGACUGCUGGAAUACGCCACCAGGGCUUCUUUUUUCUCUGCCCAACGUACCACAAGUGCUGCAUGUGUGCCAAAGAUGGCCAAAUAUUUUUUGUGAAAGUGCAGCAGCAGCACUGCUCCAUUCAAUUUGCGGCCAGAAUGGUUGACAUUUCGAUCCCAUUUUUAGUGGGAUCGAGCAUCCUGGCCCGUCUACAUCGGCCUGAUGUAUGUGGAUUUUCUGGAGUCUUACGUUACGUCAGUGAUGUGGCAACCAGAAUCCAUUUCCAGCAGUUCUCAGAGAGGCCUUUCCCCCCUUGUUCGGGCCAACCCCAUGGAAAUUGCUGUUGCCCACUUCAGAUGCUGAUGAGUUUGUGGUCCCUUCACGUGCCAGAUUUGAU